AUGGCCUCGCAAGCACCACCUGCAACACAACCGCCGCCGGGCUCACAACAGGUCCGUCGUCCCUCGGGAUCCCCUUCCCCCAAGCCAACGUUCCCCUGACCGCCCCCUCCUGUCCCACUCUCACUCACGCUGUUCACGCUUGAUCUUGCCCCAAAUAACAGCCACCGAGACCUUCAUCCACGGCCCCAACACCAACGCUCCUGACCAACUCUUGGGAAGGCGACGCAACACUGCACUCGUGAGUGGUCCUUUCACGCACCACCCGAACUUCUCUUGCAUUCGUCGGCGACCCAACCACUCCUGGGCUCGCUCGCUCGCUCGACCCUCCCCUCAUUCGCUCCUCCUUUCUCUGGGCACACUCGCUGUGUACCUGCCUCCUUCCUCGUCCCAAUAUCCCCUUACCGACACUCCAGGGCGAAGGAACUAAUCGCCUGCUUUAUUACGAUUCCCUUCAGGUAUUGCUACGAUUACCUCAAGGUAAAUACACGCGCGACGCUCGAGCCGGGUUCGAUCUGCCGGGAGCUCAACUCCCAGUUGUGCUGACUCACUUCUUGCUCUUCUUGUGUCUUAGAAACGAGGGUGGAACUCGACCGCUUCGGCUUUUGCAGCGGACGCCGGCAUCAAUGAGGCCGAAUGGAAAGGGCCACCGAUCGAAGCACCCCAGGGGCUGCUAUACGAGUCAGUCGCCGCAAUCUGAGCUAUGCGGGAGGGGAUGCGACCAUCUGUGAUGCUGAUCGUUGCCUUUGCCUGAUGGGACCGUAGAUGGUGGAGCGUGUUUUGGGACGUAUUCAUCGCACGCUCGCAAAAGAGCGGACCCAGGAAUCCGAAUGCCGACGUCUUUGUCGAUGUGAGCUCUGCGAGGGAGAACCGGGGUAUCUGAUGCCAGUUGGUUCUGACUAUGUACGGACCAUUCACAGGCCAUGCGACACAAGCGUGACCCGUUGGUCGUCAACUUCUCCGGACCGAACCCCCCACCUCCCAUCAUCCUGCCCCGAACGAUGGGGCACCCCGCUCGACCGAACGAACCCCCGCAACCGCCGGGGCCAUCUCCGAUGGGCCAAGCCCGACCAACCUACACGAACCCAGCGCAGAUGCACGUCUUGGAACAACAACAGCUGCAGCAACAGAUGCAACAGGGGCGUGUCAGCGUUGUAGGGAUGGGAGCUGGGGGACCCCCCACUCGACCCCCUGGACCACCGAUGCCACCAGGGCCGGGAGGACCGUACAUGCCUCAAGCGUCGACAUCAUCGCAACCCAUGGGUCCGCCGGGGUCGUCGCAGCAUAAUCAUCUCCUGGGCGACGCAGGAGGCCCCGCCGCUUCCCCUGGUGGGUUUAUCGGUGGUCCGCCCGGAUCGCACAGCAAUCUCCCACCUCAGAUGCAAGCCUCGCAAGGUCAAGGGCAAUACGGUCCAGGAUCCCACGCGUCAUCUUCAUCGGCUUCACCUCAUUUGGCGCAUUCCCCACACCCCUUCGCGAACGGUCCCCGACCCGGUCCAGGACCGACUGGCGUUUCACUCCCUCACCUCAUCGCCGGUCGCCCCGACCUGACCGCCGCGUUCAAUCAAGCUCUGAGAAUGGUCGGGAUCGAAGGCAAAGAAGUCGAAACCUUGACCGCGGAUGAACACGCCGCCGUCGCCGCACAGAUGAGGCGAAUGGGCGUAUUACCCGAGUUACGUGUACCUCCUACCGCCGGCGGUGGACCUGGGAAUGGCAUUGGGACAGUUGGAGCCGCGGGUGGGCCUGGAGGACCGCGUGGGGUCGUUCAGAGACAGAUGUUGGGCCCGGGGGGUCAGGGACCGCCGCAGGGGGCGAUGAUGGGGCAAAGGGUCGUUUCGGGUGGGGCGAUGAGGCCUGGGCCACAGGGGAUGCAUCAGCUUGAACAAGGGGGACCAGGUGGACCGGUGCAGCAGAGGCUGGGGCAGCAAUUCGCGGUGAGUUUGCAGAGGGGUUGUCAGCGAUCUGAAGGAUUUCAAAUGGAGGGCUGAUGGCUCUCUUUGACUGUGUUCGAUCUUAGGGGAUGUCACAGCAGCAACAACAACAGAUGCAGCAGAUGCAGCAGAUGCAGCAGACGCAGAUGCGACAACAGAACGAGAUGAUGAUGCAACAGCAACAACAGCAACAGCAUCAACACCAGCACCAGCACCAGCAGAUGCAGUCGCAGCAAUUCCCCCAACAACAGCAGCAGGGCGCGUUGCGCAACGGUCAGGGGGGUCCACAACCGCAGCACAUGCAACAUAUGGCUAACCAAGGGUGAGUACUUGGGUGGGAAGUGGGUGGAGCUGGGCUCACGGCGAGAAGCUGAUCCCUUGAACUUUUGUUACCUCUCUCGUAGCGACACGCCUGCCUCACCCGCGUUCUCUGCGGCAUCUCCCCAUCAAUUCAACCAGAAUGCGGCCUUCCAAAACGCCGGCUCAAUUGGCUCACCACAACCUCCUCCGACACCAUCUGCGGGUGCACCAACUCCGGGUCCUUCGGCGGCCAAUGCACCGACGCCAGGAGGUGGGAGUGGGAAAGCGACGUAUGCACCACCACCUCAACGCGGUCCUUCGAACCCAACUCGAGGAGGCCGAGUCACAACCGUCGCCGGGAAACGAGGUGCCGGCGGAUCCAACGUCGAGGAACCGAGUCCACGAUCGAGGAAACGCGCUCGCGGCGGGGCGAGUAGUGGGGGCAACUUGUCACGAGAAGACGGGAACGACGUUCAACCGCCCGGGACGCCCGAUCUGGCCAAAUCGACCCCUUCGAGUCCUGGGAUGGCGCCGCAUAGUAUGAACAACCCUGGAGGAGCGAUGGGGUACCGACUUGCUCCUUCGCCUUCGCCGUCGCAGCUGGAUGGGUUGCAAGUCGAUCAAGAUGGGCGGGCGGCGAUGAUGUCUGGCUCGGGCGCCUUUUCCGGUGGAAAUGGUUCUGGGGACGCGAUCAUGUCUGGUGCGGAUGGGUCGAAUCAACCGAACGGGGCAAUGUACGGUCAAGCAAAUGGAAACGGUGGAGGUGGGAACAACAGUCGACCUUCAUCUGCCGCAUCGAACCAGUACCACGGCGGGCCAGGUUUGGUCAACACUCUCGUCCGCAGGGACUCGAUUUCCAACUCGGGAGGUGGCAACUGCAGAGGAGGUCGAUCGCCACCCAAGAUGCACAUCGCCAUGCCACCGACACCGAGCAUGCACCAGAUGCACCAACACCUCACUACGAGUGGGAUCAAUCCGCAUGGUGGCGAGGGCAACCCGGGUGCGAUGGCCGUUACGCCUGGGGGAACGGCGAGACCUUUCGCGGGGGCCGUUGCUCCUCCCUCUUCGAUGGCGACUUACCAAGCCAGUAAUACUGGCGGGUCAGGCGGUAAUGGGACUUCGGCGACGAAUGAUGGCAACAACGCUGCUCCGGGAGGUGGUGCUGGUGCCGGUGCAGGAGGCGCAGGCAUGCCGACUUUGAGUCAGUUGGGCGGUUCGGGCUCGACGGGCGACGAUCUGUACGCCGACCUUCAAUUCGAUAUGGCGUUCGACUCCUUUAUUGAUUUCGACACCUUGGGCGAUGGGGUCGUCUAG